AUGUUUCGACAUAAUACAAGAUUGUUCGGAAUCUUAGUAUUCUCCAUUUUCAGUUUAUUAAUAACACUGAAAGCUAAAGAAAAUGGAAAUGUCUGUGAAACUAAAGAAAAAGAGUCCAUAACUGCUUCAAACUGCAAAAAUGAUUUUGAAAAUAAGGAAGUUCAAGAAAAUAAAUCUGUUUAUAGGGAAUAUAAUGUAAUUUCAAAGGACAAUGAUGCGUACUUAUUACUUUUUAAAAUGAUGGAUCAUGACAAGCAAAGAAUGCUUUUACUUUUGUCUAAAGACGAUCAUCCUCAAAAUCUUGGCUCUGUUAAAGAUAAAGAUAACGAAUUUGGAGUUAUAAUCAAAAAGUACUCUCCCAAGAGUUGGUCCAAAAUUGAUGUAACUAAGCUUAAAGAGCUCUCACUUUUAGGUAAAAAUAAGCAAGGACAAAAAAUCAUUUUGGAACAAAUUCCAGGAAGUGCUCAAAUUAAAAAGCUGAGAGAAUUUGAGUAUAAUACACUUAAUAUUGCGAAUAAUGUUUUGAGAAUAGAUUAUACUAAUAGACUAUUAUUAGAAGGAGCUCCAGAUCUUAAUUUACUUUCAUAUGACGAAAAUGAAUAUGCUACAUCCAAUGAAUUAACUUUAUAUAAUGAAAGGAGUUUAAUAAAAAUUAGUGAUGGAAUUCUAGGCUUAUCUAAAUUUCAAAAUGAACAUGAAAGACAACAUUCAGAUUAUUCUUAUGAUAAAAUUAAAGGACUAAUUAGGUAUUUUAAAUUUAACAAAGGAUCUUUUGGGGAAGUUUGGAGAGGAUUGGCGUUUACUGAAUAUUUGUCAGAACCAUUUGGGAAUUGUGGAGCUGAAAAAUCUGUGGAAAAGGAUCAUUUAUAUUGGAGAAGAGGAGAACUGGUCAACCACGAAUUGAAUUCUCUGAUUUUAGAUGUUCUAGAUAUGUUAAGAAAAGACUUUAAUCAAGUUAAAAAGAUACCCAAAAUAACAAGUAUUCCUUUUAAUCAAGAAGAAGAUGGAAAAGUACUGGAUAUAGUUAUGAAGAAGAUGAGUCAUGAUUUGGAAGAAUCUAAGAUGCUUUAUAGUGUAGUAAGAGAGGUAUUUUUUGGUAUAAUUCUGUAUUGCUCUCCAAAUGUUUCCAGGUUUUUACAUAUUUUUGAGGAAAGCAUUGAGGAAAAAAAAGCUGUCGAAGAUUCCAAUACUAAAUCUCACAUAUGGCUUGUUUAUAGAUAUGAAGGAGUAAGCCUUGGAAAUUUACUUUUUGAAAUCAAUGAGAAUGGAUCUUUAGUUCCAUCCGAGUUUUGGUGGAAAAAAGUUAAAGGUAAGAGAGGAGAAACUAAUGGAGAAAAUAUCUUUAAGGAAAUACUUUAUCAGAUUCUCCAGGGACUAAAUAGUGCUCACAGCCUUGGAAUAAUACACAGAGAUAUUAAGCCUUCAAACAUAUUUAUUUCUGAAACAAAGAAUGAUUCUGGAUUAGAGUCCUUCUAUAUCAGAGUUGGGGAUUGGGGUAGUGCAAUGAUAACUGAAGAUGAAAAGAUAAACCGGGAGAUUUUUGUUUCAAAUAACUAUAAGGAGAUACUAGAAGCACUUUAUGGAAAGACUGGCCCAACAUCUGAAGAUGAAACUGAAGGUUUCCAACCUCCGGAAGUUCAAUUUAAAUCUUUUAGGUCAGAAAAUGAUGAAAGCCCCAGAAGAUUAAGUUACGAUAUUUGGAGCUUAGGCAUUGUGAUGCUCCAGAUGCUUUGGGGUAAUUUACAGGUGUUUUCAGUUUUAAAUGAAGAUUCGGAAUUUCAACAUAUUCUCAAAAGAAUAAUUUUCCAUGUUAAGCAUCUCAUCAAUGAAGAAAACAAUACAGGCUUAAAUCAUGAUGAAUUAGUUAUUGACUCAGUAUAUAGACUUAGUUUAAUGAGACUAUGCCUAUUAGACAUUCAAGAAACUAAUCAAGGAUAUUAUAGUAGAUUGGAUGCAUUUAUUUCAGGAAUUAUUGAAAAAGCUAUCCAAAAAUCUAUAAAAAACUCAUCUCAGGAUGUCAUAGGAAUCACUAAAAAAUGUGGAGACGAAUAUUUUAGCGAUUUAAUACGUAAAUACGACCCAUCAGGAGUUGGAUUAGAAUCUCCAGAAGCCAUGGAUUUACUAAAAAAACUACUUAAGCCAAAAUAUAAGGAAAGAAUUAGCAUUAAAGAAGCAAUAACACAUCCUUACUUUUCCUAA